AUGGAAAAAUUGAGCUUGAUAGAAGCCGAGUCGUACAAGCAAACAGAGAAGAUCAAAGAACUGCAGCGUAUCAAUUAUGACGAUGAUAUUAUGCGGCGACGUAUCAAUCUUCAAAAGGCACAACACACUAUCUUUAUUUGGUUGAAAACGAAUGAUACAAAUUGUCAAGAUACAUCUACACAACUUCAAGACAUUGUUAGUACUGCCUAUACUUUUGAAGAUAGUGAUGAAUGUGUCGAUUUUAUUACCACCGUAACAGAUAAUAAAGUUUGUCUAAUUCUCGCAGCUUCUCUUGAACGACAUACAAUACCUUGUAUACACGAAAUUUCUCAACUGGAUUCUAUAUUCAUUUUUGGUAACUCUAUCACAUGUGACGACGAAUGGAAGAAAGCAUGGUCAAAAGUGAAAGGUAUUUUCACAGAAGUAACAGUUCUCUGUCAGAAACUCCAACAACUGACUCGACAACAUGACCAGAACGAUAUACCAAUCAGUUUCGUAACGCCCGGUGAAAAAUCGAAUAAACUGGACCCGACUUUCAUGUAUACACAAAUUAUGAAGGACAUUAUGUUGACUAUCGAAUACAGCGAAGAACAUCUCAGUGAAUAUUGCAACUACUGUUGUGAUACAGUUGCCGACAAUCUACAAACUGUCAACAGUAUCCGACAAUUCGAGCGUGAAUAUAAUGAAAAGUCCCCAAUAUGGUGCUACAGUUACUAUCGUUUUCUCUAUUUGAUGCUCAAUCGUUCUUUGCGGAUAUUGGAUGGCGAUAUUAUUCAGCGAAUGGGAUUCUUUAUUACUGCUCUUCAUCGCAAUAUUGAACAACUACACAAAGACCAAUAUCUCGAUAACUCGUGUCAGCAGCCGUUUACAGUAUAUCGAGGACAAGCGUUAUCCAAAACAAAGUUUAAUCAGCUUAAAAAAGCCAAGCAUGGAUUGAUAUCAUUCAACAGUUUUCUAUCUACCUCUACUGACUCUCGUGUUGCGCUUAUAUUCGGUGAAAGCAAUGCAAUAAAUCCCGACGACGUAGGAAUUAUUUAUGUUAUGGAGAUAGAUCCCACCCACACAACAACACCAUUCGCUUCGAUACAGAAAAUCAGUAAUUUUUUCGAAGAAAACGAAAUCCUCUUUUCGAUGCAUUCCAUAUUUCGCAUACAUGACAUCGAACCAAUUAAUCAUAUCGAUAAACUAUAUAAGGUUCAUUUAUCACUUACCACUGACAAUGAUCAAGAUUUACAUAACCUAACCCAAUACAUUAAGCACCACAGUUACACUGAUCUGCAGAGCUGCUAUGCCCUACCUCAACUGCUAAUCCACAUUGGACAGCAAAAUGCAGCAGAACAUCUUUGCCAAUCUUUACUAAGAAAUACAAAUCGCAAAGAUGACAGGGUUUUCUCAACAUACAUCAUUUCAUCCCUACUUGGAAGAAUAAAAGAAGCACAAGGGAAUUACAAUGAAGCUCUUGGAUUUUAUCAGAACUCACUUACAAAUGUUGCACAACUACUUCCACCAAAUCCUUCUAGUUUGGCUGCAUCCUAUGCUAACAUUGGUUCGAUGCAUCAAGUCAUGGGUAAUUACUCUCAGGCGCUUGAGUAUAAUGAGAAAGCGUUUUCCAUUCGAACAGAAUCACUUCCACCUAAUCAUCCAGAUUUGGCUGCAUCCUAUAUCAACAUUGGCCUGGUGCAUCAUGCGAGGAAUAAUUACUCUCAGGCGCUUGAGUAUCAUGAGAAAGCGCUUUCGAUUCAAACUGAAUCACUUCCACCAAAUCACACUGGUUCCGCUAAAUCCUAUACUAGCAUUGGUGCGGUGCGUCACGACAUGGGCAAUUACUCUCAGGCGCUUCAGUAUCUUGAGAAAGCGCUUUCGAUUCGAACAGAAUCACUUCCACCAAAUCAUCCAGAUUUGGCUGCAUCCUAUAUCAACAUUGGUGUCAUGCAUCGUGAGAUGGGCAAUUACUCUAAGGCACUUGAGUAUCAUGAGAAAGCGCUUUCGAUUCUAACGCAAACACUUCCACCUAAUCAUCCUAGUUUCCCUACAUCCUAUGCUAACAUUGGCCUGGUGCAUCACGACAUGGGCAAUUACUCUAAGGCACUUGAGUAUCAUGAGAAAGCGCUUUCGAUUCGAACAGAAUCACUUCCACCUAAUCAUCCAGAUUUGGCUGCAUCCUAUACUAACAUUGGCCUGGUGCAUCACGACAUGGGCAAUUACUCUAAGGCACUUGAGUAUCAUGAGAAAGCGCUUUCCAUUCGAACAGAAUCAGUUCCACCAAAUCAUCCAGAUUUGGCUACAUCCUAUACCAACAUUGGUGUCAUGCAUUGUGAGAUGGGCAAUUACUCUAAGGCACUUAAGUAUAAUGAGAAAGCGCUUUCCAUUCGAACAGAAUCACUUCCACCUAAUCAUCCUAGUUUCGCUACAUGCUAUACUAACAUUGGCCUGGUGCAUCAUAAGAUGGGCAAUUACUCUCAGGCGCUUCAGUAUCUUGAGAAAGCGCUUUGCAUUCGAAAAGAGUCACUUCCACCAAAUCGUCCGAAUUUGGCUGCGUCGUAUGUUCGUAUUGGGCUGAUAUUAGAAAUGAACGGUCAUGUUUCAAGAGCACGCUACUAUUACAGAAAGGGGCUUGAAAUUUGGGUGGCUAUUCUGCCCCUCGUGGACAUAAGAAUUAUAUGGAUUGCGGAAAAAUUAGGCUAUGUGUAUAUGAAGGAGGGUAAACAUGGACGCGUGCUUGCAUUUUGCGCAGCCGUUUCGGUACCUAUGGAAAAAUGGCGAUGUCGUGGAAAACGUCCGGAGUGA